AUGUCUAACUCGAUUGCGGUUUCGUCAGCGGGCGCUCAGAUGAGUAGCAGUUCCGGUAGCAACACGAAUAGUACGGCACGGGUGACAAGUGGUAAUCAAGGUAGCAGUGGUGGAAGUGGGAGUGGCGGAGGUUCUCAGAGACGGAGAAGCUCGGGUUUGGGGUCGUUGUUGAAUACUUUUGGCAUAAGGCAGAAUGCGAGCAGCAAUAGCAAUGGGAAUGGCACAGGUGCGGAAGGCAGCAACGGCCGAGUGGAGCAGGGUGAAGCGGUAGGACGGAUGCCAGAGGUUAAUUUUGUUCAGAUCAAGUCGCCAGCGCAGGCUCACACGCAUCCACGCUGUGGACAGCAGGAUUUGGGUGCUCAGCAGCUGCCAAUAGCGAUCUCGUUGCUGCCCCAGCGGGAGAGCGGCGGGGCGUGUCCGGGAGAGCAGCAGCGGGGAGCCGCGUCUGCGUCGACGUCUCCACUGGGAGGGCUGGCAGCGAUCUCGCACCAGCAGAUGUAUCCAGUGGCGGUGAACGCGCCGAUCGCAGACAUCGAUCCGCUGAACCCGGAGGGCUACACUACACAGGGCAAUACCGACGACAACUCGAAUGGCAGCAGCGGGAACGCGCCUGGCGGCGCUGCUGCUGGCGCGGUGGGGCAGCAGGGCACCUCAGAGAACAUUGCAUCGUUGAAGAACCUACGACAUUACAUAUACGCAGCAGACCAGCCCAACGUGGACGAGUUGUUGAACCUGGACUUGCCCCGGAACGUUGCGGCGCCCGAGCCAGUGGAUAGGGAGACGGUCGAACAGAGAAAGGAUAAGAACGGGCUGUUCAGCAUAAGGCUGACUCCGUUCAUCGAUGGGUCGUUCUCGACAAGUCCCGGUCUGGCGUUUGACCCCGUGAUAAGAACUGCAGGUCCCGGUUCUCAGCUGGUCAUAGGACGCUACACCGAGAGGGUUAGAGAAGCGAUCGCUAAGAUCCCAGAACAGUACCAUCCUGUGGUCUUCAAAUCCAAGGUGGUCUCAAGAACACACGGGUGCUUCAAGGUAGAUGGCCAGGGAAAUUGGUACAUCAGAGAUGUCCGGUCCUCUAGUGGUACUUUCUUGAACCAUCAGAGGCUGGCUCCGGCGUCCACGCUGUCAAAAGACACGCCGAUCCAUGACGGCGAUAUUUUGCAACUGGGGAUGGACUUCCGCGGCGGCACUGAAGAGAUCUAUCGUUGUGUAAAGAUAAGGGUUGAGCUCAACAGGUCUUGGAAGAGAAGGGCAAACGCUUUUAAUAAGGAGGCGUUGCAGCGAAUAAGGAACUUGCAGAAACUCACAAUGGGCAUCGAGGAGGAGGAUUGCUCCAUCUGUCUGUCAAAGAUCAAACCAUGCCAGGCUAUGUUCAUUUCACCUUGUUCGCAUUGCUGGCAUUUCCAGUGUAUUCGGCGACUGGUCAUGACUUCCUACCCUCAGUUUGUUUGCCCAAACUGCAGACUAACGUGUGACUUGGAAGCUAGCUUAGAGAACAGCGACUCGGAGACUGAGAGCGAUGACGAAAGUGAAGGUGGUCAGCUGGUUGACGAAAUGGGAGUUUUGCUCGAGGAUCCUAAGGAUAUCAAUAUGAAUUAG